UGGCCUCGAUUAGUGAAAAAGAUCCUUUUCCUCACUCUAGCUUUUUAGCAUGUUCACAUUCUUUUUGAAAUCUAAACUGACGGUGGUUUCUCUUUAAGAGGUGUUUGCAAAUUGCAGCUAAGAUUUGUGUCCAAAUAAUCAAGAUGAAGUUUAUGAAACUUGGAUCCAAGCCUGAUACUUUUCAGAAUGAUGGGAAUAAUAUCAGGUAUGUAACAACUGAAUUGGCAACUGACAUAGUCAUUAAUGUUGGAAAUGUAAAAUUUUAUCUCCAUAAGUUUCCUCUUUUGUCAAAAAGUGCACGGUUCCAAAAGCUGGUUACAAACACUGAUGAGGAGAACAAUGAUGAAGUCCAUAUCCAUGACAUUCCUGGAGGACCUGCUGCUUUUGAAAUAUGUGCCAAGUUCUGUUAUGGUAUGACAGUCACACUUAAUGCUUACAAUGUUGUCGCUGCUCGUUGUGCAGCAGAAUAUCUUGAGAUGUAUGAAAUUGUUGAGAAAGGAAAUCUUAUCUACAAGAUUGAAGUCUUCCUCAACUCCAGCAUUUUCAGGAGUUGGAAAGACUCUAUUAUUGUUCUUCAAACUACCAAGUCUCUUCUUCCAUGGUCUGAGGAACUUAAGGUAGUGAGCCAUGGCAUUGACUCCAUAGCCACAAAGGCUUCAAUUGAUACAUCAAAGGUGGAGUGGUCAUACACAUAUAACAGGAAGAAGCUACCAUCUGAAAAUAGCAAUGAUCCCCACUUCAAUAGUGUGAGGAAACAACAAAUGGUUCCAAAGGACUGGUGGGUGGAGGACCUUUGUGAGCUCCAACUUGAUCUCUAUGAACGAGUUAUAACUACAGUUAAAGCCAAAGGUUGUGUUUCUGGUGCUGUAAUUGGAGAAGCUCUAAAUGCUUUUGCCUCAAGAAGGAUGCCUGGCUUCACAAAGGGCAUGAUCCAGGGAGGAGAUAUUGUAAAGAAUAGAUUAUUGUUGGAGACUAUAAUCCGAAUAUUACCUGUGGACAUAGGCAGUGUCUCCUUCAGUUUGUUGGUAAAGUUAUUAAGGCUAGCUAUUCUGUUGGAAUGCGAAGAGUUGGAGAGAUCUGAACUGAUUAGGAGACUAGGUAUGUGCCUUGAGGAGGCUAAGGUGUCUGAUUUAUUAGUUCGUGCCCCAGUUGGUGAGGCAAUUUUUGAUGUUGAUACCGUUCAAAGGCUAGUAGAAGAGUUUGUAGCGUGUGAUCAACAUGUUCAGACAGAUUCUCUGUUGGAAGAUGAAUUUCAGGAGAUCAGAAGCCCCAGGAUGGUAUCAGACCCUUCUAAGGCUAAGGUGGCAAAACUGGUAGAUGGCUACCUUGCUGAGAUUGCAUGUGAUCCAAAUUUACCUCUUUCAAAAUUUGUUAAUCUUGCUGAAUUAGUAUCAAGCUUUCCAAGAGCAUCUCAUGAUGGGCUUUAUCGUGCUAUUGACAUGUAUUUAAAGGAGCAUCCUGGAAUCAGCAAGAGUGAAAGAAAAAGAAUAUGUAGGUUGAUGAACUGCAGGAAGUUGUCUGCAGAGGCUUGCAUGCAUGCUGUGCAGAACGAACGGCUUCCCAUGCGUGUCGUUGUGCAGGUUCUCUUCUUUGAACAGAUGAGAGCUACAUCUUCAGGAGACAUCAGCACUCCGGAUCAUCCCGGAUCAACCAGGGCCUUUCUUCCUGGUGGAUCUCAUGGGAGCUCAAGGUCUACUAUAACAAACGGAGAAGAGGAAUGGGAUGCUGUGGGUAAAAUGGAUGAAAUAAAAUCUCUGAAAGGUGAACUCGAUACACUAAAAUUAUCAAGUGGAAGCAGCGGUGCCAGCAGCAGAAACGACAAUGAUGGCGGUAAAGGCAAUACUGCUAGUAAAAUGAAAGGCCUCAUGUCAAAGAAGAUACUCUCUAAGAUUUGGUCAAGCAAAGAAAAAAGUGGUGAGCUAACUAGCUCUGACACAUCAGAGAGCCCCGCUUCUACUGUUGUAGAGGAAACAAAAUCUACCCCAUCUAGAAGUAGGAGACAUUCGGUAUCUUAGACCAUGUUCUGCACACUUUAGAGCUCCAUUAAAUUAUUGUGUAAUCAUCUCACUCAAGUAGCAUCAGGAGUUAGAGGAUACUGACAUAUUCCAGCUGAUACUUCAAUCAGUUCAUUGUAACUGUGAGCAAAUGUUGGCAUGUGACUAAACAUGAAGCACCAAAAGUAUAUGUUCAUUGUGACUAUAUCAUACCCCUAGGGAUGCAACUUCCAAUCAGCCAUUACUGAUCGUAGGUUAGAUGUGAGCUCUUGUAGUGAGUGACCCAGUUUUGACUAUUCGAGAUUGGUUUGUGACUGCCAGAACUUGUAAGCAUAGUUUUAAAGGGAAAAAAGGAGGAUAACUAGAACCAAUCUGAUGAGGGUGCAGAUAGUUUGAACUUUGAACUUUGAAAGGCUUGUGUUGGGAGUAUUACUUAGCUUGGAUCCGUCAUUGAUGUUCAUUUGAGUAUGGGCUCUAAAACCUGUUAUACUUAAAAUUUACCAUUAUUGAAAUACGAACAGGAGACAUUGAGCAUGGCAAAUUUGAAUUUUACAAAUAUCUUAGACAAGAUAUCUUAUAUGAAAGAUUGAGAAAUCAGAGAAUUCAAAUUCAUUAA